ACUCGCCGAUCUUCCUGUCAAUUCGUUAAUGUCUUGCGAAUGCUCUGUACUAACUUAGGCAAAAUUUCAAGACCACGAUCUUGUCAACUUUUGUUUGAAGUUGGUUGGAAGUUGUGGUCUGGGCAGCGGUGCUGUUCCGACCCGGGCCCGGACCGGGGUUAUUCCGAGCACUGAGUCCUCUCUCCGUUAGUUCCAUCGUAGCAGCCAGCGCUGAAUGAAACUCCAUCCACCGCAGGCCCCGGGUGAUUAUAAAAUAUUGGCACCAGUGAACUGACAGAAAGUAGAAAUUAAGUUAUCGAGAAGACGAAACCUCCCUCGGUUGGAAAUGUCCCGCGUCCGGUCGUUAAGGGGUUGCUAGGAGACACCCCAGUUACAUUCCAAACAGCUGGUAACCGCGGGAGUCCGGCCACGGGGAGGGCGAGGGACGGGCAUGGCUGACGACGAGGAAGAGGUUCUGAGCGGUCCAGUCUGCUCCUACCUCACCUACAAGUCGGAGGGAGACCGGCUGUACCUGCUGGGAGAGUAUGAGAAGGCCAUCCGGAGUUACACUCAUGCUCUUCAACAAGAACCAAAGAACAAGGAUUGUCUGGUUGCUCGUUCACGAUGCUACCUCUUACUGGGGAACACCACUGCUGCUCUGAAUGAUGCCGAGGCUUCCCAGAUGGGGAAUAAAGACUUCCACAAGGGGCUUUAUCGAAAGGCCGAGAGCCUGUAUGCGAAGGGUGAGUUUGAGCUUGCUUUGAUGUUCUAUCAUCGAGGGCAUAAACUCCGCCCAGAUGACCACACGUUCCGGCUGGGAAUCCAAAAGGCCCGAGAGGCUAUUGACAACUCUGUUGGAAGUCCUUCCUCAGUGAGGCUUGAAACUAAAGGUGACCUGUCCUUCUUCUACAGACGGGAGGAGAAAGCGGCACCAAAAACGAAAUCUCAGCUGCGCCGACAGAAACUAAACCUGAAACAACAGCAGCAAAAGAAACAGGAGCAGAUGGAACCAAAGACCAACAAGACAGUGAGAGUGCUGUUGGGGGAGCUGUACCGAGACAAGGAGUAUCUGGAGAAACUGCUGCUGGACAAGGAACUGAUGAAGACAAGCACAGAGUCUGGAGGAACAAUACAGGAUCUGAUCAUGAGCGGAAUCUCAUUCCUUGACACGCGGACCGAGUUCUGGAGGCAGCAGAAGCCGAUCUUUGCCCGGGAGCGUGAGAAGAGAUUAAAGGAACAGAGCUGGAAAAGCCACAGGGUGCAGACAGAGGAAACUGUUUAUGUCCUCAAGAAGAUGCUGGCUAUCGACGCUUUGUUUGCUGACGGCCUUGCUGAAGAGUGCAAGCAAAUGGCCACCGACCUGAUGAACACGUUGAAAGGAUGGACAGAAAGAGAGGUUCCCAACAAGGCGGAGUUCCUCGGCCAUCUGCACAACACCGUCGGGAAUGCCCUGGUUGAGCUAGGAAACGUGGAAGCUGCUCUGAAAAGUUAUGAGAAAGAUCUGCGCAUUUCAAGGAAGCUUGAUAACCCAGAAGGAAUAUCAAGGGCCCUGGACAACAUGGGCAGAAUCUACGCAAGGAUUGGUGAAUUUGAAAAGGCGGCGGAGGUUUGGUUAGAGAAGGAGCCACUGGCCAAAUCCCAUUUGGAACGUACUUGGCUCUUCCAUGAGAUUGGACGCUGUUACCUGGAGCUCAACAACAAUGAAGGGGCUCGGAAUUAUGGCUUAAAAUCCUUGGCGUCAGCAGAGAAAGCAGGAGAUGAAGAGUGGAAAAUGAACUCCAAUGUGCUGGUGGCUCAGGCUGAAUUUAAACUAGGCAAUCUUGAGACUGCUGUUACAUUCUUUGAAAAGGCCUUGGGGAAAGCCAACCUGCUGAAUGAUGAUGCGGCGCAGGAGGCGAUCUCAAACGCUCUGCAGAAUGUCCGAAAGGAGAUUGAGAUGGCAGACAAAGCCAAAGAAGAGGAGCUGGAACAACAACGUGAGAAACAGAGGGCCGGCAUGUUGGACGAGACAAAGAGACAGAAGAGUGAUACCAAAGCUUCAACGGGAGAAGCAACACCUGAGAAAGAUGCAGCGGCAGAGGUGACAGAAAAAGAUGAGGCAGAGGAAGAGGAGGCAGAGAAAGGCGAGACAACAGAAGAGGUGGGACAAGGAGAGGCGGUGGAGGAAGAGACUGAAAAAGGAGCAGCUGCUGAAGAAGAGACAGGUGAAGGAGAGGCGGUGGAAGACACUGAGGGACCGAAGGAAGAGUGAAACGUGUCGGGAAUAACCCUUCCUCCACUGAUGUGAUAAAGGUCUAGAAACCAACCUCCAUUAACUCGUGUUUUUGCUUUGAUGGAUACAUUAUACUCUUGUUAAUUGCUUAAGUCUGGCCUUGUAAACAAAGGGUAGAUUUUAAGUAAACUUGUUUGUUGUACUUAAUUCCAUUCCCACUGGAUCUGGUCAGGUCACAGCUCAACUCAUUCUUCCUUUCAAAAUAACAGGCAGACCAGGAGGAGGUCAUUCAGUCCUUCAACUCUGUGCUACAUUCAAUGAGUCCUCAGCUGACCUUCAUUCUAACUCCAUGUCCAGUGACGCCCUUGGCCCCCAAAAAUCAAUGACCUCAGAUUUAGAAUCAUCGGUUGAGCAAGCAUCUUGUGCUUUCCCUGGGAGGGAAAUCCACUCUUCUUUCUCCUAAAUAAUCUUCUUCAUUGUUAAUGUUGUUGUAUCUCCUUGGCUUGGAUUCCCCCACCAGGGUAUAUUGUUUCUGUCUGUGCCAAUGUUUACACUUCACAUGAUCCUUGUCCAUAUCUAAUUGUAACUUUAGCGAUGUAUUUACCAAUUCUUCCUUCUUCCAUCUGCUCCCUGACUGAUUU